AUGGAUAGGAAAUUUACGAAUACUCCCAACUUUGUAAUUCUGCGGGUCAGUGACACCGAUGAAAACACACAUGAACACAACACUCGGCCAGUAUCACAAAGUACCCAAGAAUCUGUAUCAUAUGAUGAAGACUUUGAUCCUAAUAAGACCUACCCCAGAAGUCCACUGGGGACGGAAGAUCACACUCGAGUAAACGAAAAUCCGUUUCAGAUUGGUAUACUUGUCCCCCGCCGCAAACUGCACGGGUCAACAUUCACAAACAACAACCCAUUUCGUGCGGAUCAAUUUGCUACACCUCAAGAAGAACCAAGUUUUCAGCUUGGGGAUUCAUUUCAACGUUCGCCAAUCAUUCAUGGGUCACUCGAUGAUAACGACCUUAAGGAUUUACAAGAGGGUUUGAAGUUUGCGCUAGGUACUAAUAAUGAGAGUGCAAAGUGGUUUCCUGUCACAACUCCAACAAGGGAGACACCACAGAAAUUUGCUCCGAUUAACACAGGGGAUGAUCUGAGCGAAAACGCCAACUAUACCUCAAAUAUACCACUCCAAGAUCUUGACCCGUUACUGAAAGCUCGUUCUGGUGAUGGAAGUGGGACAUCAUUACAUUCACCAUCACCGUUUGUUGACUAUACUGAAACUACAUCAACACAGAAUCCACGUUCUCCGAGUCGAGACAUGGAGCACAAUUUAGACUAUCUUGAAGCAGGCCUUCUUAACCCGAAUACACCCAUAGGAACACCCGCGAAUACGUCCUCGAAAUUUACUGAUGCAAUUGCAAGAAUAUCGAAUCGUGUUGCCGGUACAGGGCACAAGACUGAUGGUCAUUCCGAUAACGACCAUCUUGGUUUAUCGCCAGCCAGAUCGCGUGGAAGUUCGCACAUUAAAACUCCUGUAAAUGAGCAUCCAUCGUUUAUGGAGGCUGGUGAUCAUUCUUUCAGGAACAGUCUCAGUCCAGGCAAAGGGCCAAAAAAUGUCCCAGAACUCACAGUUACCACUGACAAAGGAGAGUCGGUUUACAAUGACACCAAAUUUUCACACGGUUUGGGCGUCUACUUGCACAGUUCGAGUGACUUGAAUCUAGCGCAAAGUGCCCUGGUGCAGGACACAUCUACCGAGGACUCUCUCCUACACGAAAGAGCCCCCUCUAUACAUUCACAUCAAACGAAUGGAACUGUACAAUCCCGUACAAAAGUCUUGCAUGGAAAGUCCCUUGGAAUUUUCCCACCUAAUUCGAUAUUAAGAAGAAUAUGUCAUCUGGUUCUAGAAAACCAAUUGACAACCCUGUUUUUAUUGCUCAUUCUCGUGUUUCAAGUAAUAUUGUUAAGUUAUCGUCAAUGGAAUCCUCAUGCAUUGGAUGGGUACUAUUACUCUGGUUACAAUUGGGCAGACUAUUUGCUAAUUAUAAUCAAUAUCAUCUACACAGUGGAGAUAGUUAUGCAAGUGAUCGCAUAUGGUCUCGUGAGCGAUCGAGUCCUGUUUGAAGAAUUGGGGGUGGCAUACCCACCGGACCUUUUUGAUCAAACGUUUUUGCAAAUGCACAGUGCUAUGUAUUUAUUCAAGAAGAAUCUCCGAAAUCCUUUUAAAGUCAAAAAGGGAAGCAGAAGAGGCGAGAAAACAAAGCAAGAGAUGCAUGAUGAGAAUAAUGACUCCAGCGGUGAUGACCAACUUAAUUACAAGAAUAAUGAUGUAAAUGGGGAUCGCGGUGACUCUUUUGAACGCUUAAUUGAUUCAAGAACGUCAGUGGAUUAUGAUUUGCAGAAUAAAUACGAAUUCAGCCUGUUUCAUGAUGACAUGGGAAAUGGCGCACCAGGGGCACAUUUGGAGACGGACAAUGGAACAUCAGCCCCUGAAGGGUAUGGAUUAAAACCUGCAAAUACAUUUGUCAAAGAAAAGGGCCUAAAGAAAGUAGAUCCUCAUUUAAAAAGAGCCUUUCUUCGAAAAAGCUGGCAGAGGCUUGAUUUUAUAUCACUGCUUUGCUUUUGGAUUUCCCUUUUAUUGUCCAUAAAUCGCUAUGAUGCCAAGCACCACAUAAUGCUCUUUAGAGCUUUAAGCUGCUUGAGGAUAUUGAGGUUAUGUAACUUGACCAGUGGUACAAAUACAAUUCUUACCGCGUGCAAAAGUGCGUUACCUCAGCUUAUUGAUGUGUCUAUUUUCAUUUCCUUCUUUUGGUUGUUUUUCGGUAUAAUCGGGGUGCAAUCAUUCAAGUCAUCAUUAACCAGGCAUUGCGUGUGGACUAACCCGGACGAUCCAUCGGACACUUAUAUCAAUUCGGAUCUGUAUUGCGGAUCAUUCAUUGGAAUAGAUGGUCUGAAGCGAUCGUAUUUGAAUCGCGACGGGAUGCCAUCGGGUGUGAUUAAAGGCUUCCGAUGUCCAAGAUUUUCUCAAUGUAUAUCUGGUGAUAACCCGCACAAUGGUACGGUGAAUUUUGACAACAUUUUGCAAUCCUUGGAAAUGGUUUUUGUUAUAAUGAGUGCAAACACAUUUACAGACAUAAUGUACAACACUAUGGACACCGAUAACAUGGUUGCGUGCAUCUUCUUUAUAGCAUGCAUCUUUGUUAUGACUGUUUGGUUGCUUAAUGUUUUCAUUGCAGUGAUUGUCGCGUCGUUUAAUGUUACUAGAUUGGAAACGACAAAACAGCAAAAGAGACAAGGGCCCGGAUGGAAAUUUCUCAGAAGAUUCAAAGACGACAGCAAACAUUACGAGGAAAAAAUUAAGGAAAUGGAGAAAAGAAAUCGGUACUUGAAAUUUUACCGCAAAUUUGAAUUUGUCUUUGUAAUUGUUAUUGCAAUAAGCUUGUUUGUUCAGUGUUUUCGAUCCCAUGACAUGUCAGAUCAUCGCCGCCACCUACUUUAUCGGUUCGAAUCAAGCUUUACCGGUGUGUUUUUGGGUGAAAUCAUCAUCAGAUUUAUCCUUCAUUUUCCUCAGUGGCGAGUAUUUUUCUUAUCCAAGAGAAACUGUUUCGACCUCUUUUUGGCGAUUGCAACAACAAUCAUAAUCAUAAAACCUAUCAAAAACAAAAUGGGACACGCUUAUUACUGGCUCAGCGUGCUUCAGCUUAUGCGUUUCUAUAGAGUCGUCUUGGCCACAUCAAUAACGAGAAACUUGUGGUUGAAGCUUAUGAAAAACAUUCGGAUUAUAUUCGACUUGGCAUUGUUCUACUUUAUCUUGUUAUUCUUGGUUAGUAUCAUCUUAGCAAGGCAUUUUGAAGGAGCUGUUCCCAAUGAUGAUCUCGACGACAUUGAUUUUCCCAUGAACACUUUACCUGCAUCCUUCAUUGCACUCUACAUUAUCACAUCAACCGAGAAUUGGACUGAUAUUAUGUAUUCGAUGCAGGAGUAUGCUAAAACAACCUCUUCAAGAUCAUUUGGUUCUAUAUUUUUGGUAAUGUGGUUCUUCUUGUCCAAUAUGGUUAUUUUGAAUAUUUUCAUUGCCGUCAUUGCAAAUACGUUGCAGGUUUCCGAGGAGGGCAAGAGAAAAAGACAGCUAUUGCAAUUCAUUGAGGUCAUGACAAACAAGUUACAAAGUGUCCACGAGGAGUCUGGAUUGUUGAAGAAAGUAAAGGCAAAAUUAUUCAAAAGAAAAAGCGGGAGAGAUGAAAUGGAAAAGGCAGUAGUUAAUCUAUUGCUUAGUGGAACAGCAGUACAGGAAUUUUUAAAUCGGGACGCGGAUGUGGAUAUAGACGAUGACGAUGAGGAGGAUGCGGGCGAUGAUAUGAAAACCUUAUCAUCUAACAAAUGGAAGCGGUGGAUUCAGAUUCACACGGCACGAGUGACUAAUAUAUUUAGCAACCCCUUUUACUUCAAUAAGGAGAAGAAAAAGACCAAAUAUAAGCUUGAAAAUUUUGAUCCUUCAAGUUUUGCAAACAAUAUUAUCAAGGAAAGAAAUGCGUUGUUGACCCAGCAGAACAAGUUUUUGGACGCCAAUCCAAGGUAUAACUAUGUCUUCUACAUCAUUGGACCUCGACAUAUGGUGAGGCGAUUAUGUCAGAAAAUGGUGAAAUCCAGUCAUGGAGAAAGAAUAGACGGUGUUCAACCAUAUGAGCCUGUCUCUGAAGGCAUCGUGGUGUUUACAUUUAUAGCUACUGUUGUGUUAGUGGUACUUGCAUGUUAUAUGACGCCUAUUUACAGAAUGCAGAACACUAAUGAAAACUGGAUUUUCUGGUCCGAGUACGUAUUUGCUUUGAUUUUUACAGUUGAAUUUGCGAUCAAAGUGCUUGCCGAUGGCCUUAUAUUUACUCCAAAUGCUUAUUGCCUUUCAUCGUGGAAUAUGAUCGAUAUGAUUGUUUUGAUUUCGUUGUGGAUUGAGGCGAUUGCAUACCUCCGCGAUGAUGGUAAUUUAUCGAGAAUUGUGCGAGGAUUAAAAGCUUUGCGAGCAUUGAGACUUUUGACCAUUAGUGAAACAGCGAAGUCCAAUUUUCACAACACAAUGAUUGCAGGCUUUGGAAAAAUCAUUAAUGCGGCAAUCAUCUCGCUUUGCUUGUUAUUUCCCUUUUCUAUUUGGGGAUUGAAUAUUUUUAAUGGACGUUUGGGAUAUUGUAUUGACCUGGAAUCUACAGAAGGUGAAUGCAUUAACGAAUACGAGAAUGAAGUUUUCAACUGGAAUGUUGUGAGUCCAAAAGUGUACACCAAUCCUCAAUUGGAGUUCAAUAGGUUUAUUACGUCGUUUGCCACAUUGUUUGAAAUUGUCUCGUUGGAAGGUUGGACAGAUUUGUUGGCGAAUGUGAUGAAAAGCACAGGAAUAGGGACAGUACCUGAGAAGAAUGCCACUCCUUUCAAUGGGUUCUUUGUCGUGUUGUUUAAUUUCAUUAGCACCAUUUUCAUCUUGACUUUAUUCAUCUCAGUCAUUAUCAGUAACUAUUCGCGAACUACGGGGAGAGCAUAUAUGACAACAGACCAAAUAUCGUGGUAUCAAAUAAAGAAAAUAUUGGUCCAGGUGCGUCCAUCCAAGCGGAAAGACUACUACCUGUUGUCCUACUUCAGAAGAUUUUGUUACAAUAUGACCGUUGAAAAGAACCCCAUCUGGUUUAGAAUUUUAAAUUGCGUUUUGGCAUUCCACGCAUUGGCAUUGUUGCUUGAAUGCUUCCCAUCGCCAAACACUCUAAAUAUAUUCCGAACUGUUGCUUACACCAUCACGUCUGUGUUGUUUUUUGUAAAUGCCGUUAUGUUGGCCAUUGCACAAGGACUAAAGACAUAUUUGCAUUACAAGUGGAACAUUUUCAACUUGCUUGUCUCGUUUGGUGCAGUUGCGACGACAAUCAUUGCUUACCCAGUGGAUGACAAUUCGCCAUUUUUGAAUGUCAACAAAUUAUUCUUGGUGGCAAUUUUGUUAUUUGUGAUUCCGAGAAGUAAUCGAUUGAGUCAGUUGUUGCGUUUUGCUUCAGCAUCUUUACCAUCGUUGAUUUCGUUAUCGUACACAUGGAUCAUUGUUUUUUUGGUUUUUGCCAUUGCCAUGAACCAAAUUUUUGGAUUGACGCGUAUUGGACCGAAUGGAAGUGGAAAUAUCAACUUGAGAUCGGUACCGAAAACGUUGAUUGUUUUAUUUAGAUGCAGUUUUGGAGAAGGCUGGAAUUAUAUUAUGGAGGACUAUACAGUUUCUACUCCCUUCUGCACAUCUGAAGGAGGUACUUACACGGACGAUUGUGGCAGCAAGCAGUAUGCCUAUAUAUUGUUCAUUGCAUGGAACUUGAUUUCGAUGUACAUUUUCCUCAAUAUGUUCAUAUCGUUAAUCUUGGAUAGCUUUGAUUACAUCAAUCAAAAAACCGACUACAGUGAGUUGAUUAAACGUGAAGAAAUUCGAAAAUUCAAACGGGCAUGGCAGAAAUUUGAUCCAUAUGGUACUGGAUACAUUAAACCAAUUGAUUUGCCAAAGUUUCUACACUCAUUAGAAGGGGCACUUUCAUUCCGUUCAUAUACGGGGGAAUUAGAAAUCAAGCAACUUUGUCGCAGGUGGAUAAAGAGGAAUAACCCUAGUGAUCCGUAUGAUGUUACCGUUGACUUUGAUAGUAUUGACAAGACUAUGAACCAAAUGGAUAUCCCCAAGAUCCGAGAAAGAAGAAAAGCGUUUGACAUGUUUAUGGAAGAGGCAUUACUCACGAUGGAACUUAAUGACGAUCCUGGAAUAUCGUUUACCCGAAUUAUCUUGCAGUUGCCACUAUACACAACUUUUGACACUGGAAAGUGUUUCAACCUUAUUGAUUACUUAGAUCGUCAAUUGUUGAUUAAAAAAGUGAUCAAAAGGAUGCAAACAAAGAGGGUUUACGAAAGUAUCGCUGCGUAUGCAUGUAGGUGGAAGUACCAAAAAGAUAGGAAGUUGGGUAUCAGAGAUAGUAACAUUGCCUUUGAUACGAGGUUGCGGAGGAUGAGUUACUUAGCCAAUGAAGACUUGCAGAUCAAUACUGGCUUCCCACAAAAGUCGAUAACUGAUGAGAAUGUUAAUUCAAACGAACGUGGUUCAGAUUUAGAUUCUGAUUCAGAGUCCGAUGAUGACAAAUUUCAAGCUCGACCUCCACUCAGGCGAAGCUCGCUAAUAUAUGGAGACCCCGGAAUGUCGAGUGGGGUGUAUUUCCCAAAUUCUCCUCUUUUGAAAGCUUCAAACCACAUGCUGCCGCCAUCACCAUCGAGAAGCAGAAAACCAAAUUUAUCGAUCAGUAUUCCUCACACUAAUUACGAAGAAUCUAGGUUGCUCGAUGAUGAUAUAACAUUCUCGGCAUUUGCUGACAGCGCAGCUCACGAGAAACCUUCAUCAUCUUCUCGCAAAAACUCCCUAGAAGAGAUGAUUGAAUCAUCAAGAUGGAGAGAUGCAUUAUCAUUUAAGCACAAAAAGAGAUAA